AUGGUUACCGCACAGAACUACCGCAUCAGCGAGAUUAGCCGCUUCCUCAUCCUCAUUGGAGGUAUGACGGCGAGCGUCUGCAUCUCCACCUUCUACGGUUUCAACAUUCUGAGCAACAAGAUGGUGGAGCUGUUCAACUUCAGCGGAGCCGACCUCACCACGAUCUCCACUGUGGGAGUGGUUGUCGGCUUCGCAACCUUCCCAGGCGGUAUGCUGCUCGACUACGCGGGGCCGCUCCCGGUGCUGGUGUGCGGGACCGUGCUGAACAUGGUAGGCGUCAUUCUUUACGGCCUCGCCUUUGAGGGCAUCAUCACCGGAUCUGUGGUGAAGUUUUCCGUCUUCAGCGCCAUCAUGAACCUCGGCUGUGCUUCAUUCGACACCGGUUCGCUGAUGGCCAUUCUGGGUAGCUUCCCGCUGACCAAGGGACCUGUGGUGGCCUUGAUGAAGACCUUUGCCGGGCUUGGUGCGUUGGUGUUGGCGGUCAUCAACUACAGCUUCUUCCGCACGGCCUACUCGCAUUAUAUGUACUUCAUGGCCGCUCUCGUCGUAUUCAUGGGCUCGACCGCGUGCCUCUUCAUUCGUUUUCCGCCGUAUCACCUCGUGGACCGCGAGCGGAGCCGCGUGCCGGAGCAGAUGCAGGUGCGCCGCCGCCUGACGGAGCGGGCGUACCUUACCCAGUACCCGCCGAUGGUCCGCUUCUACGUGGGCUUCUUCAUCAUUGUUUCCCUCGUCAUCUAUCUGACAGUUCAGUCCUUCUGUGUGGCGUACGCGAACCCCAGCGACAAGGCUCGCAUGGGUAACACCAUCAUGAUCAUCAUCUUUGUCUUCUCCUUCGGUUUGAUGGCGGCUCCGUUCCCGUUCCUCGGCGGCAUGGAGGAGAAGCCCAGCGAGGAUUUCCCUGAAUACCCGGAGAACGAACUCCGCAACGACUCGGAUGCGUACGAGAACGACAAUGAGAAGGCGGUGCUGCGUCCCACGGAGGUCGAUGCAACGCAGGACCACAAUGCGCUUGGGGAGCUCUACGUCGCUGAGGAGGAGGUCUGUGAUGAGGAGAAGGGCGGCAAGGCGAAGAAGUCGGAGACGGAGGACGACCCGCAGAACAAGGCAGUCGUGGAGGAUCAGGUCAUUCUUGGAGACGAGAACCUCGCACUGAUGAUGCUUUCCGAUCAGGACCCGCAAUACCAGACCACCUUCCUGCAAAGCGUCACGAACGUGGACCUGUGGCUGUGCUGGUGGAACACACUCGCAACGUGGGGCUGCGGCAUCGUGACGUCUUCCAACUCCGCGCAGAUCUACCGCGCACUCGCCGAUGAUGAGUACGAGACCAAAACAAACACGAUGUACUCCGCCAUCAUCAGUGUGGCGAGUGCGCUUGGCCGCAUGAGCAUGGGCAUCUUUGAGUAUGUCUUGAGCCGCUACCCCUCCGAGUCGCGGCCAGUGAUGACGUGUGUGUACCCCAUCUCCUCCGCCUGCAUGGUGCUGGGUCUGAUCUUCCUGCUGGCCCUGCCCCUGAAGUCGAAGGCAAUCGUGAUUGGCUUCUUCUUCGAUUCUUCUGGCAACGGCUUCAGCUGGGCCUGCACCGCGCUGACAGUUCGAACUGUUUUUGCCAAGGACAGCGGCAAGCACUACAGCUUUAUGUAUGUUGGCGCGUUCGCUGGCGUGAUUGCGCUGAACCGCUUCGGCUACGGUGAGCUGUACGACCGUGAGGCGAAGCGGCAGCGCGAUGCUGCCGUGAUGAAUGGCACCACCAACAUCUACCCCCGCUGUGCCGGCAAGAAGUGCGUGAAUUACAGCUUCAUUAUUCUGCUGUGCGUGAACGCGACGGCGAUUGUGGGCAGCACGCUGUUCCACUACCGCUACCGUCGCUUUGUGCUGAAGCACCGCACCGAGAAGGCGGCAGCUCAAGCGAAGAGCAGUAACUCUCCUGUUGAGCCUGUUAACGUGGCUCAGCUGCAUUAA